AAACUAGUAAUCCUUUACGUUUACCGCGCAGCGGCGCAAAGGUCAGAGAUAAUGGCCGCCUUUGGAGUUUGGCCCCUAUCAGGGGCUCUCUGGCAGGUGGUGGCAGCUGUGCUGCCUGUGUGGCUCCUAGGUGCUCUGAUGGGUUAUCUGCUGCCCCGUCCUGCCUCGGCCAAGUCACAAUCGGCUACUUCUUGGGCUCUGUUUUUCUCUGGACCUCAUAUUCGGCGCUGGGCUGCUUUUUACCACGUGGCUGUCAUUGUAAGGGAUGUUUGGAAGCAGUACACGGCGCCGGGUACGUUCAGGGCGUUCUGCAAGGCUAUCAUUCGUGGCUUCACGGGGAAGGGCUUCUACAUUGAGCUUCCCGCCGUGGUAGCUGACAAAACGAUUGAGGACGUGGGAGCGACCAAAAGCACCCGCGACGCGGAUCACUGGUAUGUGACGCAAAAGGAUCUCGCCUUCUUCCGCUACCACGCGGAGGAGAACGGUGAUUGCCCUGGGGCGUCGGCCUGGGAGGUGCUAAUGGAGAAGGAAAUCCCCAACUGCCUGAAAUACACAGCAUGGCGCAGGACGCUGGCGAACGGCAAGACCGAGUACAAGAGCGUUACCCACAGUGCUGACGCCACGGCACAGGAGUUCACCGACCUUUACUUUGACGAUGACUUCAGGCCCUCAUGGGACACCAUGAUCAUCCACCAUGAGGUGGUGGAGCAUGGCGAUUUUUCGCACCGGCAGCAGGUGGUGCGCUGGGUGCGCCGCUUCCCCAUCAAGUUCCUCUCGGACCGCGAGUACACCAUUGCGCGCCGCAUGUUCACGACGGAGGACGGGCUGUACGGCAUCACCAAGGUGGUGGACCACCCCAGCUCCCGCCGCGCCACGCAAGUGGUCAAGAUGGACGUGUACUACUCCAUGUGGCGCUCCCGCACCGUGGCCUGCCCCUGGGGCACCGACCGCCCUGCCUGCGAGACGGUGCUGCUGCACCACGAGCAGUUCAAGAUCAGCGAGCACAUGGCGCGCUUCGCAGCACGACACGGCAUGUGGGGCUUUGUCAAGACGCUGGCGGAGCGCACUCCCGUGUACGUAGCACGCCGCCGCCAGCGCGGGGUGCCUCCCAACGAUGCCGAUCCCAUGGCCUACGGCUACAACGGCGCUCCCAACCCGCCCGGCGCUGGUUCCGCGGCCCCCCAGAGCCCCCGCGGCGGCGCCGGGUGCUGCAUGCAGACGUCCAUGAGCUCCCUGUCGCUCUGCUCGCUGGAGAGCAGCUCGCCGGGCGGUACGAACAGCUCGUUGCGGCGCGCGAGCAGCGCGGGUCUGCCGCGUGGCAAGAGCGUGCCAUCGGGUGUGAAGGGGCUGCUGGCGGUGGCGAUGGCGAGCGGGCUGGCGGUGCUGAUGAAGCGGUCCAAGUCCAUGCCAAGCAACCUGAACAACGUGAAAGCGCUCAAGUCGAAGCGGAGCCAGCAGCUGCGCAGGCAGAACAGCUUGGCGUUUUAGCAGUUCAGCAAUAGCAUGGUUCGGGUGGGGCAGCUGGUUUACGGCCGGUUGGUUUUGGUUGUUGGUUCAUGCAGAAGCGGUUGGUGUGGAGGAUGGUGCGCGCUAGGGAACCCUGCAUACCAUGUUUUGGGGGUGUUGCGGGGUUGGGGUUGUAACCAUAGUACGCCUUUGCCUGUCGGAUGUGCGUUUCGUGCCAGGCAGGGCCUUGUAUGCUUGCAGAUGUAUGGUAGCAGUCUUUGUUUGCGUGAGUGUGGACAAGCACUGCUGCGCUUCGCCAGUUGCCAAGAGUCGGGACGCGCGCAUCGUUACAAGGCGCAUUAGGCUGUCUCACGCUCAAGGCCGUAUACCAAAACAGCCUCGUUAAUUCCUGGGUUUUGCGAAUACGGUUUUCGCAAGCUCAGCUCUAUAUGUAUCGGUAUUAUGGGCUUGUUACUCGGUAUGACACUCUCGAUGCGAGCGUUGUGCCUUUGCCGCAAGCUCUUCCUAUCCUUUGCCGGCAAAAGAUAUUAAUGUCUACAGGGGCCGUCCCAAUAAAUUUUUGCCCGAUAAGACUGUUUAAACCUAUGGACUAAGCUUAUGAGUAUGGACUUGACGUGUUAGGAGGGGAGGGUUUCGUAGAGCAUGUAUGGUAUUCCGGAGCACUUGUUGACAGGGAGUGACGGUUAAGGAGUUGCCGUUGGGAGAGCCAGAGAGCCCACUGUGACAUUGUGUGUGUUUAGGGAGGUGUAAGGGUAUGUCCUGCAUGUAUAGUAGCCUGGGGUGUACGGUCUAGGGUGUCAAGGUAUUCUAUUCUAUUGUUGGCUUUUAUGGUAUUCUGUCCUCAUGCUAGCGUGGUGUAAUGCUUCCGUUGAUAAGGUGAUGGCGGCAGUGAUGUCCUUGCAUGCCUUUUGAAUAUGCAUGCUGGGCAGUCACGUGUUUGAGUUUCUAAGAAUAACUGCAUGCUGUUAGUGAUGUACGUUGGUUGACGGCGGUAGAGAUGUCGGUGCAUGCGCUGGCCCUUGUUAAGAGCGCGCUGGCCCUGUGUGUGUUGCACCUACGAUUUGCACGUAUUUGGAAGACCACAAAUGUAAGCAUGGGUAACUUGCCA